AUGAUACUUUUAUCUAUAGCAUCGUUCCUAUUCGUCUGCCUCCUACUCGUUUACCGAUUCGGACCCCGUCUGCGCGGGUGGUCUAAGUUCGCGCAGACUUUAGCUGAAGCCGAGGCUGAGGCCGAGGCCGAAGUCGAAGCCGAGACUGGCGUGACCACCGAACUAAACGUCUCGCGCUUCGACUCCGCGAUAUCGCAUACUGCCGUCAUCCACAGCUACGUAAGCGACGGCGGCGAAAACCCUCACCCUCAACCGGCUACCCCACACCUCGGCCGCAUGGUGCACUUCCUGCCCCCGGACAGUUUGCCCGGGAGCCGCGCGGGCUCGCGCUUUCCAUCAGUUACCAACAGCCCGGCCGGAACACGCCCGUCAAGCAUGGAUAUAGAGCACUUGGCUUCCUGCCAGGUCCACGGGGCGCAGCUCAGCCAGCACAGCAGCCAGGCCAAACCCGUCGGCGCGGCGGGCCGAAGCACCAACAACGUAUCCCCGGUGCCCGAGGCCGUGAGCAGCGACGACGUGUCCAAUGCAUGCGCCAGCUGCAGCGGGCAGACUCUCGCAGGAACUUGCACCCUGUGCUCUCAGAAGUCGGCCUGCGCCGCCACCCCUAACGACGAGAACGAGUCCCCGCCCACGUCGCUCCAGGAAGUCGAGAACGCAGAUGCGUACGCCACCCUUGAGCCGCUCCCCGCCAUCCCGGUGCCCGCGGAGGAUCAGAGCGGAGCGCUUCCUAGUAUGCAGGAAAAGCCCAAGAAGCGCCGACCUUCCGGGAGCUGCUAUAUAAUGUGA